GCUGCUGUUUCACAUUGUCGGUUGGUUCAGUUUGCAAAACGCUGUGACACGCAAAGGAUUAUUAACGCGGACGAAACGUGUAGCGUUACGUAGUGUAGCGACUUAGCGCUGAGCAGCUUAGUGUGUCGCAUUCAUUCAUUAUAUGCGUAAUAGAAGCAUACUUUUGUGUGCCAUUUAGUUUUAUUGAAAAUAUACAAAAAAUUGCUAAAUUUUACAAAAGUUUGAAAAAUUACUUAUUAAUUUUUGAACAAGAAGUUUAGUGUUUUCGCGAGUUUUGUUUUAGUGUUAGUGCGAUUUGAAAGGUGUACGCAAUGUGCAGUUAUUAUAACGCGCCUACAAGUGUGCUACAUUUGCUCAUCUUGCCGGUCAUCUUGCUGCUGCUGCUGCAGCGCGUUCAGCAUGUUGCAGCAAUUAAAUGUUAUGUCUGCGAUUCCAGCGUUAAUCCAAGUUGUGCGAAUUUAAAAUCAAAUCGCAGCAUUGAGGCAGAGGAAUGUACUUUGGACAAAAUGAGAACAACCGGUACUUGGCUUUUCGAUUUAAAUCGUUUUGCGUACUUCGACACGGGCGCUAGUAAUGGACCACUAAUGAACUGCCAAAAGGUGGUGGCGAAAGAUCCACACACCAACGAAAUAGUGACAGCACGCUUCUGUCAAUUGGAUACCGCCGACUCGGACGCCUGUCAAAUAUUGGGCAACAAAUUGGGUUGGCCACCAGAGUUGGCGCGCAAUGCGAACCUCGACGAGGAUAAGAAAAAGAAGCGUAAGGGUAAGGGAGGCAAUAAUAAUGGUGGUAUAGACAAUCAGGAAGAUUCGGAACUGCACUGUUCCAUUUGCAAUACGGACGGCUGCAAUGGCAGUACCACCAGCGUUACUUGGGCUUGGAGUUCAUGGUGCGUCGGCAUGUCAACAAUACUUGUAGCAAUCGUCAGCAUAUUGCGCGCAAAAGUGUGGUGAAUAUGAAGCUUGAUAAGGCGCAAGUGGUGUGCGUUAGAACCCGCCGGCUGUUUUUGAACGAUUAGCAGAGAGAGUAUACACGAAAAAGCGAAGUUAAAACUAUUAUGAAAUGGUGCAAUAUAAUUUUAAGGUUAAGUUAAAUGGUCAAUAUGUCGCUCAACGGUGUAUUCCGCCGUAAGCGUUAAAGUGUUAAACGUUGCCAGUUAAAUGCCUUGUGUUUAAUAUAGUUUAAUGUGUAGUUGAGUCACCACCGUAUGUGCACACACUGUAAAUAUCCAUUCAAUACUGUUAUCUGUGUAAAUAUAGACAUAAACGUAUAAAAAUCCAUAUAUAUAUUUAUGAGAAUAGAUUUGUUACAAUAAUAAAAAAAUAAAACGAUAAUAAUCACUAACAUUCACUUAAGGCGGCUUACAUUGCGUGUUAUUACCGUUACGGCUUUAGUGAAAUAUGUAUGUAAAACUUUGAUAUUUCAUAAGUAUUAGUAUGAUGUGAAUUACUAUAGUGAAAACCUUUAAAUAUUGCUGAAAUUUAAUUAAAUUUGAAUUUGGAGUUUUUUAUCGACCUCUUGAGACAACUGAAAUUGAGUUCGAAGUUUGCUUUUCCGUUUCUGAAACACUAGUUUUAAUAGCUGAUCAUAUAUAGAGGAUUCUGUGAGCGAUUGUCAGGAAGAAAAUAGCAAUUGUCAAGAGAAAAGCAUUUUCUUCAAAGGUUUCAAGCUUUUAGACAUAUGUACCUCCGACCAUAGAAUUCUAGAACUCUGAAGGCUUAUCAAUAUUAAUCUGCAAAUUUCUAUAAGAUCGGACCGAUUCUUUCACCAGAUAGAAGAAUCUGUGAGCGACUGUAACGAAGCAAUCUCUUAAAGAAUUUUAGCUUACAAAAUAACCUCGGGCAUAGAAUUCAAGAAUUCUAUAGGCUUAUCAGUCAUCAUCUGGUAGUUUCCAUAAGAUCGGACUGUUUCUUUCAUUAAUUUGCUGAAAUAAUUGGGAAAGUAGACAUGGUUUGCACAAUUCUUACUGCAUUCAUUAUGUAGUCUAUAAGAAUAACUACAAUUGUUUCACUUAAUGAUCUAUCGUUACAUCAUAUAUAUGGUGCUUUGGGUA